GUCGGGUCAUCAAUCGCUUGGUCGACUCUCGCGCGGCAUAUACGCCGCAUACACACCGCGGCCGCUUCGAAGACUCGCGCGUAUCCCACGUUAACGGUUGUUUCUUAACGCGACACGAGGAACGGAGGCUCGUCCCUCGAGGAGCCGUGUUUCUUCGGAAGGCGCGUUAAGAAUCAGUCUGCCCGUCGAAGCGGCCACUUCCGGGCAGCUGUCGGCCGAAGGUUCCUGUUCGAGCGAAAAGUUAAGGCAGCGUUUCGCGUGAUGGGGAGACGGAUCGACGUGAAUUUUCUCGGACAGUGACCGAAUUUUGUAAAAAAAAAGUUUUUUUUAUUUCUCAAGAAUAAAAACUGGUGUCCCUGAAGCGCAGGUUCUGCUGGAUUUUUGGGAAUUAAGUCUCCGUCCCUCGCAGGCUGCGCACGGGACGCCGAUAUCUCCGAGGCGGAAAGCGCAAAGGCGUACGGGAGAUGCAUCUUGCCGAUAUUCAGGUUUGCGGUUCUUAAAAAAAGAAAGAAAAAACGGAAACGGACAAUUGAGAGAUCGUCUUCGCAUGGUCAUCCGUGGUCGCCAUUGAUACGCACACGCUCGCGAGGAAAAGAAAAAUCCGCGAUGACUCCACGAGCCGGCCAAGUUCUGGAGGAGCGCUGACGUUAAGCGCGGGAGCGCGAUCGCAGACAGAAGAAAAAAAUGACCGUCGCGAUGGAGCACAAGCGGAAGAGCUCGUGGGACUCGAAGAUUUCGGUGAGCACGGUGAGCACCCGAAGAUUCAGCCGUGCCGGAACACCAAGCUCGAUUCUGUCAUCCGACAGCGACAUCCGCUUUACGAGAAAGUUCGGCGGACAGUAUCGCUGCGGAUGCUGCGUCCUCGCCGCCUUCUUAUUCUUCCUCCUCUUCUCGGGGGUCUCGAUAUACCUCGGUUACACAUUCCUCACGUCAGAUCCACCGGGGGAUCAGAUAUUUCUCGCGACGUUCCGAGUUACCAAAGGUGAUUCCUUCACCGCGGAGCUGGCUGAUCCCUCCACCGAGGCCUUCCGGAUACGGUCGCGAGAUUAUCGCGACCGUCUGAAUCUUAUCUUCCGUCGCAGCUGGCUGAAACUAUCGUUCCUCGCAUCGGACGUCCUGGCUCUCGACGGGGUGGAUGGCCGCGAUUUGGUGGUGCACUUUGAUGUGAGAUUCGACCCGCGAUAUCAGACCAUAACUACCGGGAAUAUCGUGGACAUUCUGUCGCGGGAAUUGAAUCCCAAAACCUCGCGAUACCUGACGAAUCUGACGAUAGAGGCGAAGAGCCUCGAAGUGCAGGAAAGCAUAAAGGCCCUCAAUGCGCAGAGCAGUCCGCAAUCGACCGUCUCGACGUUACCGCCGACUACGACAGUCCCUCCGCCAAGAAGAUGCGGCAAGCUGGACUUAUCCUACUGCAAACAUCUCCCUUAUAAUAUCAGUUCGUACCCGAACAUGUUGGGACACAGAUCGUUGGUAGACGUCGAGGAGGAUGUUAUCGCUUUUAGAGAACUGGUGGACGCGGAAUGCUAUCCGUUGGCCUACGACUUCGUCUGCCAGGUGCUGCAGCCUGCGUGUCGAUCGAGUCAGCCGGAGGAUCUGCUGCAACUACCUUGCAGGAGCUUCUGCAGGGAGUUCUGGAAUGGGUGCGGCAGUCGUCUCCCCGAGAAGAUAAAACGCGCUUUGGAUUGCUCCAACUUUCCGGAAUACGUCGGUCCUGGCAGUUGCAGGCCGAAGCCAGGAUGCGUGCAAGCGCUUCAGUCGAAAGCUUUGUCUCCAAGGAUCUGCGACGGCGUGAUCGAUUGCCCGGAUCUGUCCGACGAGAAGAAUUGCGCCUACUGCCGGGAUGGUUACAUGCACUGCGGAGUAGGAAGAUCCUGUGUACCGCAUACGAAGCGAUGCGACGGCAAGGCGGACUGUCCGAACGGCAGCGACGAGAAAGACUGUCUAUUCCUGGCGCCGAGCGUCCACGAAUUGAAAUCGCAAUCUUGGAGCACGCCGCACGUCGCGAAGUACAACAAGGAGGGCUACGUCGUGUUCAAUGAGAAGGGCACCCUCGGCAAACUUUGUACCGCCAAUUUAAACGCUACUCUACCGGAAACGGAGAUAAAUAAUGUUCUUCAAACGGCAGCAAGCUCAUUGUGCACUUUACUCACGUAUACUGGCGUGGCUUCCGUUGAGGUAAGGACUGAUGACGAAGAGGAUGUCCCGUACGUGUACAUGGAAGAUCCGUCAGCACCGGAAAUCACUUUCGUCCGGGCUCCCUGCCCCAGCAAGGAAGUUCUAUACGUCCGCUGUUCCGAUCUCGAAUGCGGAAUACAAUCUCUACGUACCAAUGGCGGUACUAAUGGUCUCAAUAAGAUGGCAGAGCCUGGCGAUUGGCCUUGGCAUGUUGCACUCUUCAAGGAAGGAGUUCACGUUUGCGAUGCCACUCUCGUGGCGGACAAUUGGUUGCUCACAACUGCGUACUGUUUCCAAGGUCAACCGAAAGCGGAAUGGUCGGCCCGACUUGGUGUCGUACGACUUUCGAGCACGUCACCCUGGGAACAGGAACGUCGGAUCGUCGGUAUGAUCAAAUCGCCGGUGGAGGGCACGACCGUUCUGGUGAAGUUGGAUAGACCGGUGACGACCUUUUCGGACUUCGUGAGACCGGUUUGCCUGCCCUCCAGCGAGGAUUCAUCGAGUAACACAUCACAAUGCAACACUCUUGGCUGGGCGAGAAAUCGCGACGUACUGCAAAGGGUACAACUCAAACAUAGCGCAAUGGAGAAAUGCGAAAAUAUCAGCAUCCCUUCGGUGAACAGUGUCUGUACCGAGCAAGCAUAUUCCGCGGACGAUUGCAAUGAAGAGGAACUCGCCGGUAGUUCGAUGCUUUGUCUUCAACCGGAAGGUCGAAAAUGGGCGCUGACGGGCAUCGGCAGCUGGAGGAUAGCUUGCUCGAAGGACGGUAUCGAGAGACCUCGACUGUACGAUAAAAUUUCGUCGCAUAUCGAUUGGAUUAAAGCUACCAUUGGCUGAGUGGAUCUGUCUACAAAUUGACAUUUGAUAAACGUCAUACUGCGAAAUAUACGAGACACACGCUCGACGCACGUAUGACGGAUACCCCCGAGCGGGAAAACGACCGUUGUGUAUUAAAACAUGGGACUGAUAAUCGAAAUUGUGAUAGAAAUUUCUAAACUACAUAUUACGCGCGACGCGAUCGUUACUACACGCCGAUAGAGACUCGAUCGCGUCCGCCUUGCACGGAUAUCUACACGUUGCUGCUAUCGAUAUCAUAAUUUUAUCAGGUACGACAUCCUGUUACUGAACGUGCAAUCGUAUAUUCUUGUAAAUAUAUAAUGUCUCCUUUAUAUGUCUCUAUAGGAUAUAAAAGUCCUUCGUUACCGUGGCAUAAUUUUUUUUAACUUAUUCUUUCAUGCGUAUACAUAGUUGCUUCGUACGUUAUCUCUUAGAUUCAUAUCAUUUAUUUUAGCGAUUACGAUCCAUCUACGUUUGUGUGUAAGAUCGUUUACAUAUUAAAGUUUCUUAAAAUAGUA